AUGUUACUUCAAAUUGAUCAAGUUCUUGAUAAAGUCGACGAAACGAUCGAUACUGUACAAGGUACUUUAUCUUUUUAUCAUUAUAAAUGUGAUGGACAAGACGAUCGAGGUUGGGGUUGUGGAUAUCGUACAUUACAAACGAUAUGUUCAUGGGUAAUCAAUACUAAAAACGACUGUUCUUCGUCAACAGUACCUUCUAUAACAAAAAUUCAAGAAGUACUUGUUGAUUUAGAAGAUAAACCAGCAUCAUUUAUUAAAUCUAAUCAAUGGAUUGGUACAUGUGAAGCAGCAAUGGUUCUUAGUCAACUUUAUGAUGUUGAUUGUAAAAUUCUUCAUAUUUCUAAUGGUGAUGAUAUUUUAAAUAAUCUAAAUAUAAUUUCUAAACAUUUUCGUGAAUUUGGUUCACCCAUAAUGAUGGGUGGUGAUGCUGAUGGUGCUUCAAAAUGUAUUCUUGCUGUACGAUCUAAUAAACAACUUUUAAUACUUGAUCCGCAUUAUUCAGGUUUAAAUUUUACAUCAAUUGAUCAAUUACGUGAAUCACCUUAUUUAAAAUGGUAUAAUGUACCAAAUGAUUUUGUAUCAAGUUCUUUUUAUAACUUAUGUUUACCUCAAUUAAAAAAAAUAUAA